GUUUAUAUGGCAUUAUAUAUAUAUAUUCAUGUCUGCUAGGGAAUGGUAUGUAAUGUUUUGGAAAAUAUAACGACAUUCACAAGUAUUCAACAAAUAUAUCGUCUUUGCUAUUUUUCAUCCGGCUAAAAUGUAGGCAGCACUUUAUGUGGCCUUCCAUGUCGUUCGUUUUACUACAAAAUCGUGUUGACAAAGUUGCCGAACCCAAAAAAUAAGCUUGCUAUUAUAUUAAUGUCAGAAAUAUCUAUAUAUCUUUCAUUAUUAGCGCUCAUAACGUUUUGAUCGUCGUUAUUGUCAUUCCAGGGAAGAAAUGUCGACGCCAUUUGAGAAGCCACAAAUUAUAGCUCACCUUCAGAGAAGUUUAAACUACACAGUGUUUGACAGCAAAUGGAUUCCUUGUAGUGCAAAGUUUGUCUGUCUGGGAAACUAUGCAAGGGGCACCGGAGUGAUGCAAAUAUACGAGGUGGAACAUGGAGAGGUUAAACUCAUAAAAGAGAUCGAGAAAGCAAAGCCCAUCAAGUGUGGGACAUUCGGGGCCAGCUCUCUACAACAAAGACAUAUAGCAACUGGGGACUUUGACGGAAAUCUCAAUAUAUGGAACCUGGAGGUGCCUGAUGUGUCUGUGUACUCUGUGAAGGCCCACAAGGAGAUCGUGAACAGCAUAGAUGGUGUCGGGGGCCUGGGGAUCGGUGACGGGGCCCCCGAGAUUGUAACUGGGAGCAGAGAUGGGACAGUGAAGGUGUGGGACCCCAGACAGAAGGACUCACCUGUGGCUAACAUGGAGCCAGGGGAGGGGGAGGCCAAGAGAGAUUGCUGGACCGUAGCUUUUGGCCACGCCUUCAAUGACCAGGACCGCUGUGUGUGUGCUGGAUACGACAAUGGAGACAUCAAGCUCUUUGACCUCAGGAACAUGUCUCUCCGGUGGGAAACCAACAUUAGAAAUGGGGUAUGCCACGUGGAGUUUGACAGGAAGGAUAUCAACAUGAACAAGCUAGUGGCCACUUCGUUGGAGGGGAAAUUCCACGUCUUUGACAUGAGGACCCAGCACCCCACCAAGGGCUUCGACUCCGUCUCCGAAAAGGCCCAUAAAUCAACGAUCUGGCAAGUGAGACAUCUGCCCCAGAACAGAGACAUCUUUAUGACAGCAGGGGGAGCUGGAAACCUUCAUCUAUGGAAAUAUGAAUACCCGGCUCAGAGAAGUAAGAAGGACUCAGAUGAGGUGGACAUGGGCGUGGCCGGCACAGUCACCCUGCUGCAGAACGUCACUCUGUCCACCCAGCCAAUCGCCAGCCUGGACUGGAGCCCCGACAAGCAGGGUCUGUGCGUCUGCUCCGCCUUUGACCAGUCCGUCCGCGUCCUCAUCGUGACCAAGCUCAACCGUGUGUGAGGUGUACGGUGGAGUACCCCCUAGGCUCUGAUCUUGGGUCAGUUUUGCAUCCCCCCCCCAGAUGGUGAAGGGGGUACAUCAGAAGCAGAUGUAUGAUUAGCAAAGUAAUAUCAGUAAGGAAGAGGUGAACCCCAGCAGGACUGUGACCCAACUAGCUAUCUAUCUUCAAGGCCUGCUAUUCCAAGUUAAAAUUACUAACAGAAUACCCAGUUGGCCUCCACGGAUGGCAGUGAGAAACGCUCCUCCUUGUAAUUCAGUAGAAGCGCUCUCUCACCCUCUCUAGUGUCCCUCUCUCUAUCUCCAGUCCCCCUCCCUCUCUCGUCUCAUCAAACAGUUUCUAUUGAAGUCACACAGGAUUUUGUGGAACUCGAUAUCCUUUGUUUCUCUCUCUUCCAGCCAUCCUUUCUCCUGUUCAAACCACGUGUAGCCUAUGUUUCUAAUGACAGGUUGAUACUCUGAACAAAAAUGCUUUGCUAACUGAAGUUAGCAUAUUUUGCUGCUUGAGAAAAACUGCUUGUGGUCAUUAUCUUUUACGAGGCAGGGUGUGUUUGAUUGGCACAUGCCUCCAGUUUUGCCUACAAAUGUUCUUACUGUGAAUUUGUUAUAAAACCCCCAUACUGGGGAGGACUCGUUCCAGAUUAAAAUGGCCUUUUUGAGAACUAGUAUUGUCUUAUUGCUUUGGACUUUUAAUACUCAAGUCUGUGACCUAAAUUUACAUGUAUAAAGUGGUACCGUGUUUUAUGGGGCUGAAAUAAAAGCUUGCAGAAAUGUU